AGUUUCAGUUUUUUACAAGGGCAUGUUGGCAUCAUCCAAGAGGUCGUCAUUUCGCAGCCAAGUCCCAUAGGUUUGAGGUGAAGAUACGUGUUGAAAGCCCCAACAAAUCAAGCACCAUUCCACGUCCACAGUUCAAUUUGUUUGGGUCUCGGGGGACGCUCCAUCCAGAGUCUCCCAAAAGACCCGAGCUAUCAAAGUUUCCGUCUUCGUCGUCCCUCUCUUCCUCGACUUCCUCCGUUUACGACUAUAGCAAUAUGCUCGGCCAACCCAAUGACUCUAUAUCCCGCCAGGAUAUUAAGGAUGUUAUUGCGAGAUCUCAGUCUGUGCUAAAGGUUGCUGGCAAAUACAAAAUGGCCUUGUGGACUUUGGCCGGCGUUAUGCAGGAUAUGUCAGAGUCUGUCAUUGACUUGAGCAGAUGCCGAGCGGUCAAACAGGCAGAGAGAAUACGAGGCGGUGUAAAACCAGAUGGCUUAAAGCGCUGUGGCGAACUUCAUUUGACAAUGUCCAAACGAAUAAGAGAGCUGGGUGAUCGUGUUCAAAGAGAGCUGGAAGACCCUCUGCAAAAGGGCAUUGAAGAACAUGCCAACACAGUUGUGGCAAACGAAAAGCGAUUGGCAUAUAUGGGAAAAGAAAUUCAGGACAAAAUCAAAAAGGCAGAAACUGACACCCGAAAACGACGGAAUCGCAACCCUGAACAAAUUCAACAAGCCGUCAGAAAUCUCGCCCAGUACACCGCUGAGCUGCAAGAUCUCAAAUAUGUGAACCAAAAUGUGAUUCUCGGAGAAGAAGCACGAAACAUACGCAGCAUGGAGGCACAGUGGAGUACAUUGCUACGUAGUCUCGCGAUCCUCUUUGGGCAGUGCGUCGCCGGUGCAGCAGGAUGUGCUGAUGAGCUGUCGGAAGACCAGAAAUCUGACGCCAAUGCUAUAUUGACGGAGACAGUGUUCAGCGCGAGCAAACGCAACAACUCAAUUAAAACUUCGGAUGGACCAUCUCGUCGCGUGUCACGGCGUGGAUCCUUAGAUAGCAAUAUUGGCCCCGACCAGAGACAUCAUGAAGAAGCUAUGAAAUCGGCCAGUUUUGGGCGGGCAGUUGCACAACUGGCGGGGGCGGUAGCAGCUGCAACGAUAGGAGCUCCUGAGCGUCAGGAUUCAUCACUUACAGCAAAUGAUACUACGGAACCUGCAUCGUCGGGCACGGCGGCUGAGGAAGCCGCGUCGAAUUCCAGUGCACCACAGCUUUCUCUCCCCGCAUUUUCACGACUUGGAAAUGAAAAUGACGCACCAUCCCCGAAGGAGCAAUCGCCAACAGUUACUACUCCUUCAUCACAGUUCCCGCCAAGGCCUAUCAUUAAAUCCAACAACAGCAGCAGCACAAUCGAAAGAGAAAAGCGUCGUGUAGCAUUUCCUACCUCUAAACCUAUCGCCACGGUCCGAUCCUCGGUCAUAGAGCCAACAACUUCACAGAAUCUCACCUCUACCUUGUCGUCAUUGUAUCCCGAUAUCUUCGCCGCCGAGAACACACAAAUUGCAUCUGUGCCAGUGAGUCGUCACGGGGGAAAUCUUCGUACUCCAGCCGUAUAUGUGGCGGGUGGGGAUGGAGAUGCAGAAAGCCAAAUGGGGAGUGUGGUUGGAGCGAGCGAAAGUUUAGUAGGAGUCAUGUCAUCAACGAAGGCGGCAGAUCUUGUGUAUGCAAUUCAUGAUUUUACGGCGAGAAGCGCAAAGGAAAUGUCUUUAACAAAGGGCGACGUCAUCGAAGUCCGCAAACGCCAAGGAACCUGGAUAUAUGGCACAAAAUUGCAGCGUAAAAAAAAGGACGGGACUGACAAGCCUAUGAGUCCCUCUGUCGAAAGCCCAUCAUCCUCCAGAGGCUUUGCGGACAGAUUCCGCCGCGGACCCCCGCAGCAGCAGCAGCCGCAAGCAGACUCACCACCCGAAAUUAAACCCGAGGUUGGGUGGAUUCCUAUGGCGUUUGUGGCAAAAUUUAGUGCGGUUUAAAAGUUUUCCAUAGUUUGCAAAAUUGAACCUAUUAUGCCUGUCCUCGGUGCGAGGAGGAGUUGUUGUUACAGUUAUAGAGUUGAUAGAUCAGUUAUAGAUAUGCUUGUUUCUACUGUACCAUAGUUUGAGAAAAUGACCGAUUGGUUAAGGCUCCAAAUGUGUAGGUUGUGAAGAAUUCAAUUACAUGAUGUUGACGAGCACAUAACGUCGGAAUGCGAUUAAACGUCAGUCAUCCAUA